UGUCCAGAGACAGGGGAUUGGUUGCUCUCAGAGGGGUGUGCAAUGUAUUACGUCAUUACAUGCGCAGUAGCAGCAAAGGAUACCGCUCUUCACCGGGACAUGUGGAUAUUAUAGCAUGGCUGAUACGGAUAAUCUUAUCACGUCUACACCGGGUGUGGUAGACAAGCCGGCCGUGUCCUUUAGCGCUGAGCUCCCACCUCGCCUGCUGCCCACCUUCUCGGAGGCCUGUAGGUGGGUGGACAGUCGUUAUUCAUGUCUGGUGGUAAACACACACCGGAGACACCUGCCCCUGUCCCCCCGGUACCUGAACAAGAAGAGGAGCGCCAUACAGGAGCAGCUCAACGAAGAGCUUCUGAGAUACAGCCCCCGAUUGGAAGGUGUUCCAGUUGCAUAUGAUAAUAUAAAAAUAGUUGGAGAGCUUGCAGAAAUACACGAUGAUGACGGAUAUAUUCACCUAAAUAUUCAAGUCGACUUUGUCAUCUUCCAGCCACAAUGUGGAGAGAAACUUGUGGGUGUUGUCAAUAAUGUGGCCCCAAGUCAUAUUGGCUGUGUGGUUCAUGGCUGCUUCAAUGCCUCUAUACCAAAGCCCUUUAAGAUGCCUAUUGAAGCGUGGCAGCAUGUCGGAGUGAAGGUUGGAGAUCACGUGGAGUUUGAAGUGUUCCGUUUAGAUUCGGAUGCUGUCGGUGUCUUCUGCAUCCGUGGAAAGAUGGACAAGACUAUGGAAACUGAUAUUUUAGAACGGUUCAAUGAGGCAACUAAGGAACAAACUGGUGAAGUUUCUUCUGACGAGGGAGCUGCAGAAGGUGGUGCUAACACUGAGCCGAAUGUUAUCCCUGAAGAUACGCCAAAGAAGAAAUCUAAGAAACGUGCCUUUCAGGAAACGCUUCUACAUAAUGUUCCUGGUACUCAAGAGGGUUCAGCUGAGAGCAACACAACUUUGGAGGAAAUCCCAAAGAAAAAAUCCAAAAAGAGAAAAUAUCAGGAACUAAAUUCUCAGACUCACACUGCUGAGGUUGAUGCCCCCAUGGAGCAUAUUUCUGCCGAGAAAAGCUUAUUGCUAUCAGUUGACAGUAUUUUUAAGAAUGAACGCAAAAAGAAAAAACGUCACGAUAUCCUGCCUAGUGUUGACAUUAAUAACAUAAAAGUUGAAGAAUGUGGUCUAUUGGGCCAUGACAUUGAAACUUUAGUUCCUUCUAGUGAAGAACAGCCUAGAAAGUCGAAGAAAAAGCAGCGCAUCGAUAAUCCCGAUCAAGGCCUCACUCAAGAUUUGAAGAAUGGAGUAAUGGAAGGGCUGACCUUUACAGAGAGUAGACUGUCAGAGGACUCCAGGGCUGAAGAUGUAACUAUUCUGAAAAAGAAACACAAGAAAAAACACAAACUAUCUUCUGUCAUUGAGGACUCAACUCUAGAAUCCACUAAUGGUGGAACAGACAUUGCAUCACAGGAAUCUCUGCUUGAUGACCUCACAACCCAACAAGAGACCCCGAAGCGGAAGAAGCACAAAAGGAAACAUCAUGAUAAUGUGUAGGCUGCAAGUGAUGAUGCUUACCUUGCUGUGGACAGAAUUUUUUUGCUUGCCGACAGCCAGGAGUUUGCAGAACCAAACGCCAAAAAGAAACGGAAAGAAUCAUUUUUUUCAGAUUUUUAGAAAUUAUGUAAAUUUUUUUAUCUGCUUAUUGAAUAUAUAUAAUAUAUAUUUUAAUGCUGACUGAAGGAUGUGUCAACGAAUUAAAAACAAUGCAUAUUCUUAUGAA